CGGAGAGCGCGGAGGAACGGCGGCGCCGCAGCAGAGGCUUUCCCAGUCUGCCGCCUUCCCUUUCCCGCGCGCCUCGCCGGGUCUCCGCGACGGUGGCAGCAGAUGAAGGAGCCGGCGGGAGGCCGCCUGGAGGCCCUGCCUCGCCGCCGCCGCCGCCUCCUCCUCCUCCGGGGAAGGAUGGCGGUGCAAUGAGUCCCGAGCCGGAGCCGCCGCCGCCGCCGCCGCUGCUUCUUCCUCCUCUGGCAGCUUCGGCCCGGGAAGCGGAGGUGGUGGCCUUGACAGUGGCGGCUGUGGUGGAAGGCGAAGCGGCGGCGGUGGCGGCGGCUGCAGCGAGUGGCGGCAAAAAGUGGGGCAGCCGCAUCAUGCUGGUGAGGAGGAUCGGCUUCAAGCCGGGUGGAGGCACCGCCUCGCAAGGCAUUGGCCGACCAAGUGUGUACCAUGCUGUUAUUGUCAUCUUCCUUGAAUUUUUUGCUUGGGGGCUGCUCACAACACCCAUGCUUACAGUUUUACACGAAACAUUUCCUCAGCAUACGUUUCUAAUGAACGGCCUCAUUCAGGGGGUUAAGGGUUUUUUAUCCUUCAUGAGUGCGCCACUAAUUGGUGCUCUGUCUGAUGUCUGGGGAAGAAAGUCUUUCCUUCUGGUUACAGUUUUCUUCACUUGUGUCCCAAUUCCAUUAAUGAAGAUAAGUCCAUGGUGGUAUUUUGCUAUGAUUUCUGUAUCUGGGAUUUUUGCUGUGACCUUCUCUGUGAUAUUUGCUUAUGUGGCAGACAUAACACAAGAGCACGAGAGAAGCACUGCUUAUGGACUGGUAUCUGCCACAUUUGCAGCAAGUUUGGUAACUAGUCCUGCAAUUGGAGCACACCUGUCUACUCUGUAUGGUGAUAAUUUGGUGGUGUUAGUUGCAACAGUAGUGGCUGUUGCAGAUAUCUGUUUCAUUUUGCUGGCUGUACCGGAAUCUCUGCCUGAAAAAAUGAGGCCACCUUCAUGGGGAGCCCUUAUAUCAUGGGAACAAGCAGAUCCUUUUGCAUCUCUGAGAAAAGUUGGGAAAGAUUCUACCAUCUUGCUGACUUGCAUUACCGUCUUUCUUUCUUACCUGCCAGAGGCUGGCCAGUAUUCAAGCUUUUUUCUGUAUUUGAGACAAGUGAUAAAAUUUGAAUAUGCCAGCAUUGCAGCAUUUAUAGCUGUGAUUGGAAUUCUGUCUAUUGUUGCACAGACUGUCUUUCUCAGCAUCCUAAUGAAGUCUAUAGGGAACAAAAACACAGUGCUUCUUGGCCUCGGGUUUCAAAUGUUCCAGCUGGCGUGGUAUGGUUUCGGUUCUCAGCCUUGGAUGAUGUGGGCAGCAGGAGCUGUAGCCGCCAUGUCGAGCAUUACUUUCCCAGCAAUCAGUGCUCUUGUGUCACGAAAUGCAGACUCGGACCAACAAGGUGUCGUUCAGGGGAUAAUAACUGGAAUCAGAGGCCUGUGCAAUGGUCUUGGCCCUGCUCUUUAUGGCUUUAUUUUCUUUCUGUUCCAUGUGGAGCUAAAUGAGUUGGCACCUGUUCAGGAUAAAACAGUUAUGCAGGAUCCAACUGAUGAGAGUUCCAUUAUACCUGGUCCGCCUUUCCUGUUUGGAGCAUGUGCAGUCCUUCUAGCUUUUCUGGUUGCCUUAUUCAUUCCUGAGCAUAGUAAAGCCAGCAGUACCAGGAAGCACAGCAACAGCAUCAGCAGUAUCCAGAGCAACAACCCAGACCGAGGCAGCGAUGAGGACAUUGAGCCACUGCUGCAAGAUAGCAGCGUAUGAAAACUGGAUUUUUCCUAAUGGCAAUGUUGACUGCAAGCAAACAGAAUCCAUGCACUGAGCUCUGUAUUCAGAGCAGGACUUUAUCGGAGUGAGCUUUUGAUCUAUCAAAAGCUUUGCACAUUUCACCCACCUAAGGUAUAUUAUGUAGUAGGUGGCCACUGAUGGGGGCAGAUUUCCACCACUUACUGUGUAUUUUGUAUAACAGUCUGAAGUUGUUAUUUUUAUGUAUCUGUGCAACUGCUAUGAAGCCCAAUACUGAACUUAGAAUAUGGAAUAGAGUGUCUUGAAAAAUACAUUAUACUGCAGUUGAACACUGGGCAUCCAAAGUCAUUGUGAGCAGACCACGUUUAGUACCGAAGUGGCAAGAGCUCAGAUUUAUUCCUUUUCAUUGGGUACCUACUCCCUUAUUAGACCUCAUGAGUUUGAGAAGAUAUUUUAUAUGAAUACAUAUUACUGAUGAAUAGAGAUCAUUAUGAAAUCUCUCAGUCAGAAACCUAUAUUUUCUCUUCAUCAUGUGUUGUCUGGUAGAUUGGAUAUUGCAAAACUACUUAGAUGAAGUGUUACCAGAGAAAUUCAAGCAUUGUAAUGGAGCCUGUUUGCCAGUCCUCCUCUUCCUCCCUCAUUCCCAAAGACUUUAAACUUAGAUGUAUAUAAAAAGGGCUCCAGUUGGAACCAAGAGGAGGAAAAAUAAUUCCCUGCUGAUAGAAGGCAUUAGCGAUGCUCGCUGAACAGGCUAGCAACCCCAAUCUGGCCAGUUCUAGCACAGAAACUAAUUAACUGGAAGCUGAGGCAAUUUACAUUGACUUGUGUGUAUUUAUUGCAUCGUCUGUCACUUUUUAAUCUGCCAUAUGAAGCGCUUCCAUCCCUGUUAAUUUCACUCCUGCCUUAAGUGCUAGUACACAUCUGUUAUCACCUAUAUUUUCAACUGUAUUUAGCCCUCAUAUCAAACUCUGAAGAAUCUCAUGGAAGUAUAAUUAAGUAAUAAUUUUUCCAAAAGAAGCAUUAAGGAUGGUUUAGUUUCUACAGAGCAUCAUACUAUAAUUUGUAGAGUCAUUUUUAUGAAAUUGCACAGAUUUCUAUGUAUUUUGCAGCAGUGGAAAUGGACCAUUACACAAAAAUCUAAUGAAAUACUCUUAUGAAUGUUUUAUAUGUAUUGAAAUAUAUGUAGAUAUUUGUAAGAAGUUUUACUUUUUUCCAGAUGAGGUACUGUGUAAAUCUUGUAUUUAUAAAUGUAAUGAGGGUGUUGACAGAUAUACAGCUUUUAUAAAGGAUUGUGUAAUGACUGAACAAAAUUGAAAUAUAUAUAUUUUGAAACUUGUUCCGCCUUAAGCAAAGAUAUCAAACCUUUUGUACUAUGCAGUUUGGUUUUUAAGUUAAUAAGCUUCCUAAUGCAUAAUAAAAUUGCAACCUAUAUUAUA